GCCCGGCUAGUCGCUCACUGCUGCCGCUGCCGCUACUGCUGAUAGCAUGGCCGCCUGCUACGUGCAUCUGCUGCUGGUUCUGCUGGUGGGCGCGCCUCUGGCGCCCGCCCAGACCGCCUCAGAGCCAGGACCGGAGGCGCCGCUGGACGUCGUCCUCUCGUCGACGCUGCGCGCCGGCGACGCCUCUCUGCCCGAGUACGUCGUCGUGCCGGAAGACGCCGCCUCGCAGCCGUCGCCGUCGCCGUUGGACCUGGCCGUGGAAGACGGGGACGCGGCGGCGCCGCCGCAGCUGCGCAAGCCGUCCGCCGACAAGGCGUGGAGCCUCGCCGAGCGCCGCGAGCAGCUCAUGGCCGACCUCGACGACGGAGAGCCCAUCUACCCUAGAGUGGCGACCCCGCGGCUGGUGGCCCACGCGCGCGUGGCGGGCCCGGGCACGAGCCUUCGCGCCGACUCGGCGGAGCGCUGCCUGCAGCUGUGCCGGCUGCGGCCGCACUCGUGCGACGCCGCCAACUACCACGCGGCCACCCACAAGUGCCGCCUGCUGGCGCGCUGCGCGCCCACCAAGGUCGCCUACGAGCACCACGACUACCACCACUUCGCCGCCAGGCCGCACGUGCGCGGUGACGGCUUCUCCCACGAGCCCAACUCCGGCUCCUGCAUGAAGGUGGUGUCACAGCAGGCCGACUACGCGGGCGCCGACCGGCUGUGCGAGUUGCAGGGCGGCCGCCUGGCGGCGCUGACGUCGCCGGCGCUCAACGAAUACGCCGCGGCGCUGCUGCGUCAGGCGGGCGCGCAGUACGCCUGGAUCGGUUUGCGUGACGUCUACGGCCGCGAGGGAGACCCCACGCACAGUGAUGGUACUUCUGUGUCGGAACGCCGCUUCUUCAAGCCAGCGCCGCAACACUGGAGGAACGCCACGGACAAGAACUGCUGGGCGUUGCGCGACGACGGGCACUGGGCCGAGCUGUCGUGCAAGACGCGCCGCCUCUACGGAGUCUGCGAGGUGCCGCUCUUCUGAGGAGCCGCAGUUGCGCCAGCAUGCCGCGCCAGUGCUGCCGCGCGCGGGCGAUACAUCGAAACUGCUACCGAUCGAUCAAAAUAACCUUGUGAUCGACACAUGACUGAGUCGAGUGUGACUGAAGCUAACCUCCAGUAGGAGCGCUCGCGUUGCCUGUCCUGAACAGACACGGAUGACCUUGAGAACGUGAGACAACUACCAUCAUUUGCUCAUGCCGACAUCGCCCCCUCCCCUACCCGUCUCUACCUACCGUUACCAGAAGAGACUUUAAACAAUGUGUAGCUACAAAAGUACUGAAUGCAAUAAAUGCCUUACUAGUGUGAAUUUCUGCUUAUUAAAACAUUUUAUUUUCUGAAAUAAAAAUUCUCAGAUUCUCCCAUUACUAUCAGAAACUAGGCUUCACUAUAUAGUGUUUAUCAGUUUUCGUUGUCUCACAGAGUAGUUUCAUAAAAUUACAAUCGCAAGAUUAUGAGCUCGCAUACCCAAUAAAAACUUGCUAAGAUCCGUUUCUGUGUAACAUCUACUUGAAAGUGCCUUUCUCAUCCAUUAAUCCCAUGUCAAAAAUAAAAAGGUCAAUCUGACAUUAGCGGUGCCUAAUGCAGUUUGACUCAGUAUAGUUUCUAAGCAAAAAAUAAUAAUAAUACAAUUGAAGUACUAAGUCAUAUAUCAGUGCCUUACUCACCUAUGAAUGUAAAAACAUGAACCGUCCAGCAAAAUAAGUUUAUAAAACUCUUGCCUUUCAAUAAAAUAUUCUGGGUGGAAGAAAACUGUUGAUUUUUGCUGAGGAAAGUACAUAAAAUGCUGUUCUUAUUUGUAACAGGCAGUAACAUUUCAAACCCCAGUUGUUUUUUGGGCCAUUAGACGUAGCGUGUUUUAUGUUAGGUGACAGAUCUUUUGUUGAUAAACAUUGCUUUCCUUUCCAUGCUCACUGCUUUAAAACUGCAAGACAGCACAAGUCGCCUAACAUGAAUGAACUGUUAUGUUCCUGGGGCCAUCUUUGGCUCUUUUAAUAACAUAUUUAUGUGGGAAGUAGUAUAGGUAUACUUUAGAUAUAGCACUAACACGUCCUUAUUUAUAAUUUUGCAGCUUACGCUGCAAGUAAAAGUACAAAUGUGUUAUCUUUAAUGUGAAAUUAUCAUAGAAACAUAUCUUGUUACCAAUAUCAUCUCUUUAUUUUUUAAGAAAGACUUGUAAUAAUUAAUGUAUGUUUAUGUAUGUCUUAACCUACUGUAUGCCUGAUUGUAGUUUCACAGCUUAUUUAUAACAAAAAUAUAAGACAGUAUUAUGUUUUUUU